AUGGCCAAUCUUAAGACGAACUACGAUUGUAUCCCUCGCAAUCCAUCCAUCCACGCCGAGACCAAGUCUUCUCUGGGCUUCUCGGGCGCCGGAUCGUCGGUUUCCCCGGCUAACAGCGCCAUAAAAGAAGGCGAAGUGGACAGAAUUAAUCGGAUAUACAAGAAAGGGUUGGAAAAGUACGACGAGCGAUUCAAAUCUGACGAGGCACAAGACGCUGACGACCUCUCUCCCAUUCUCGGCCCGUUCUCUAGCCCCUGGGAAGGCGCCGAGCACUGGAAGAUGCACCAUCUGCGCACGUCCAUAAUGCCUUUCCAACAGCAUGAUGACGCGGACCGUGCCACAGCAUUUUUGGAACGCCGACGGCUGCCAAAGGGCCACGAUUCGUUGCCCGCCACUGCCCUUCCUCUGACAGGCGCAUUCUCCAGCGCUGGCUCCUCGAACCUUUCCAUCGACAGCGGUGAUGACGACACGAGCGACAGCGAGGGGUACGGCCGCCCCCUGCUGCCCUUCCUGCGGCGGCUUGAACUCAUCGAGCGACACCUCCACGGCGUCUUGGCCCUUGAACCCGCGGGCACAGAAGGAGUCAAGUCCCCAAAAGAAGGCGCAGCACCGGCAAUGGCCGGGGAAGAGCUGGACCGUCCCGCCGACCUCACACGGUCGCUGCGCGCACUCGGGGCCAGGGCGCACCCGAUAGAGCACGCCGUCGCAAUCCGGUUCGUCGAGGCGCCGAAGCCGCUCGAGGUGGAGAUACACGCUGUCCCUGCGUCUCCUGAGAUGGGCCCUGUAUUUGACGAGGAGAAUUGGGGUUCCAGCUACCCUGGCCUGAAGUGA